AUGGCUAUCAAAGAAUCUCAAACCGAUGUAUUGAUUAUUGGCGCUGGCCCAUCAGGUCUUAUGUGUGCAACCUGGUUGGCAAGGUGUGGAAUACCUUUUAGAAUCAUCGAUAAAAGAUCCAACGAAGUGUUUGCUGGUCAGGCCGAUGGUUUACAAAGCCGUUCGUUGGAAAUUUUCAAGUCCUUUUCCGAACCAGCAUUUGAUUUUGCAACAUUAGACCAAAGUUGGAAAAUGGCCAAUCAUGUCAUUGACAUGUGUUUCUGGUCACCUGAUGAAACUGGGAAAUUGAUUAGAAAUUCCAGAGUUGCCGAUACCAUCCCAGGUAUAUCCAGAUAUACCGAAUCAGUGAUUCACCAAGGCAAUGUUGAAAGAUGGUUUGAAAACUCAAUUGAUUAUUUCUCUGAUGGGAAAGUCAAGGUCGAAAGACCAUUGUUGCCAAUCUCCCUCAAGAUUGAUACCAACAAAGCCACUAACCCACAGGCUCAUGCUGUUGAAGUGUUGGUUACAAAGUUGAAUUCAGAAGCUGCCAAACCUGAACAAUAUGGCAAGGUUGCCAAUGGUCUUUUCCGUGCCUUUGAUGGUGAUCAAGAAAAGUUUUAUAAAAACAUAGAUGAAACCAACGAGCACGACUACGAGGUCAUUCACGCAAAAUAUGUUGUUGGUUCUGACGGUGCCCACAGUUGGGUGAGAAAGCAAUUAAAUAUCGAUAUGGAAGGAGAACAAACCGAUUUUGUUUGGGGGGUUUUAGAUAUGGUCCCCAUCACCAAUUUCCCUGACAUUAGAAACCGUUGUGCCAUUCAUCUGAAAGAUUCUGGUUCCGUCAUGGUUAUCCCACGUGAAAAUGAUUUGGUCCGCUUCUAUAUCCAAUUGAAAGAAGUGGAAAGAGAUCCAGCCACCAAAGCCGAUGAUAAGCAAUUCAAUGGUAAUGUUGACGACACCAAAGCCAAAACCAAAGGUAGAAUCGAUCGGUCGAAAAUCACUCCAGAAUCUAUCCUUAAACAAGCUCAGGAAAUAUUCAAGCCUUACACCAUUGAAAUGACAGACUUGAGCUGGUACACUGGCUAUCAAAUUGGACAAAGAAUUAGUCCACAGUUUUCUAAGCAAAACCGUGUUUUCAUUUCUGGCGAUGCAUGCCAUACUCAUUCUCCUAAAGCUGGCCAAGGAAUGAACGUUUCUAUGCAAGACACUUAUAAUCUUGGAUUCAAAUUGGCUUUGGUCUGUAAAGGAUUAGCUAAACCAGAAAUCUUGUCCACUUAUGAACUGGAAAGAUUAAAAGUUGCUCGUGAUUUGAUUGCUUUCGAUCAUAAAUUGUCUCGUUUGUUUAGUGGUAAACCAAUGAUUCCUAAUUCUGAUAUAUUAGAUGGCGUUGACAUGGACGAGUUCCACCAAGUUUAUCUUGAAGGCAAUAAAUUUGCAUCUGGUACUAUAGUUGAUUACGAGGAUUCGUUGUUGGUUUCAAAAACAGGUGCAUUACCAGUCGAUAGCAAUGAUUGUACAAUGGAUCAAAAAGCUGCCAAAGUCCCUAUUGGAAGAAGGUUGAAUAGCAGCAAUAUUAUUUGCCAAGCAAAUGGCCAACCAGUUCAUAUUGCUGAUCGUCUUGCUUCUGAUGGCAGGUUCAGAGUGUUGAUUUUUCCUGGUGACGUCGUCAAAUACCCUGAAAACUUGAAAACAUUGCACAAGUUUCAGGAUUGCUUGGACUCAAAGCAUUUCUUUGCCAAAAAAUUUACCCCCGUCAAUGCAUUUGCCAACUCAGUUAUUGACGUUAUCACGGUCCAUGGAUCCAGCAGACACGAAGUUGAAAUCUUUGAUUUUCCAGACUUUACUCACCCACUCGACUUUAAGCGUCGUUGUGAUUAUUGGAGAUUGUACUCAGGGGUAGGAGAUACAUAUCAUGAAGGCAGUGUCGACAUUUAUGACUUCUAUGGUAUCAGUAAGAGCGAAGGUGUUAUUUUGGUCAUAAGACCAGAUUCCCAUGUUGCUCAAGUUUCUCAAUAUUCCAUUGAUGGGUUGAAAGAAGUCGACAACUACUUCAAUAACUUUAUGAUCCCACAGACCAAUAACGUUUUACCAACCAAAACCUCUGAUAUCAAUGAUUCGAAAAGAUUCAUUCAACCCCGGUUAGCUGUUUGA